UGGUUGUAUACUUAAUCUACUUAGUCUUCAUGGAUGCCUAUAGGAUCUCCAAUAUUCUCGGGAACCUAGAGAAAGUGAGCAUCAUCACAGAGAGGUUCAACAAGCAGAAACCGACGAGGAUUAAAUCGCCACCGCCGCAUCAAAACUCCUUGUGGGCGUUUCGAAUGUUAUUAAUAUUCUUCAAGAUAAUCGGUCUCGCGACCUUCUCUCACUGCGUCGUCGCCCAGAAGAAAAGAAGCCCACAAACGUCCUGCACGUUCCAGUACUCUGAGCUGGGCAUCGUUUACAACGCCGUGCUCGUCAGUCUGAUGAUCGCCUCGAAUUACCUGUCGAUACCGUACAGGAUCAACAUGGAGUAUCCCAACAAGACGAACAUGAGUGUAGGCAUCGAGAUCUUUCAGACUCUGCUCGGCAGCAUGGCGAUCUGCGCGAUUUUACUCAGCUAUUGCUUCGGCGAGAGGUCCCUGGUGCGAAUUGCCAACCGACUGAUGGACGUCGAGCACGAGCUCAACCGUCAGUACCGUUUGUACCCUUCGUUGCGACGAGAGCGUGUCUUGUGUUUCCUGGCGAUCAUCUGCAUUCUGGAAGGUAGUCUGGCGAUAACUCUCCUGAUCUGCGAAUACUUCGCCUUCUAUUCAAGCCCGAUCUCCUGGCUGACAGAUGUUCUGCCGACGUUUCACGUGGGAUUCUUCAUGAUCCAGUAUUCCCUGUUGGUGACUGUUAUACAGGCGGAUUUUGUCGACGUGAAUCAGGCGAUACAGGGUAUCUCCAGAGUUAGCACGCCGGACUCCCGACCACAAUCCCUGUAUCAGACUCGUCGCAUCAUCGUCAGCAACUCCUCCGUUCAUCAACUGCUACAGUUGCGGGAUGUGCACUGUCAUCUCUGCGAGGUCUCCCAGGACGUGUCGGACUUCUAUUCGGUGCCGAUAGUGUGUGGCAUCUCCUUCAUGUUCUUCUCGCUUGUAUACAACGCCUACUACCUCCUGUCGCCUUUUUUGCUGAGCAGUGAGAUCUUGGAAGUCGCGGUUUUGACUGAUACCAUCAUCUGGUUGAUUUUUUUGAUUUAUCCCAUUAUCCUUCUUACCACUAGAAUUACUAGGAUUUUGCGCGAGGUGGAAAAAACCGGUAGUGCGAUACAUAAACUCUUGAGUUGCACGAUCGGCAAUAUGAUGAAGUCAGAGCUCAAACAAUUCUCGCUUCAACUUUUGCACCGCAAGAUACAUUUUACAGCUAGCGGAUACUUUACUCUCGAUAAUACUUUCUUCCAUUCGAUGAUGGGUGCGACGACGACGUAUCUGGUGAUACUUCUGCAAUUUCAGAUGGGAAGCUCGCCGAGGUUGUCCUGCAAUUGUACGCAGGAAGAUUUGCUAAAUACGGACGAAUAAUGACAUAAAAAUUGAUAAGAAAUGUCACAAUGUGUCAAGUAUAAAAAACGAUUAAAGAAACGCGCAAUGAUAAUAACGGGAACUGUAUUCUGAUUCUGUCUGGAUAUAGGUGUGUAUAAGAAUACAAUGUACAUAAAAGUUA